AUGAGCGGAAGAAGCAAACUACGGGUCAAGCGACAAAAUCACGCCCCGCGGUCCUUUGGGCGGCGUCUCGUUGUUUUUGGACCCAUUUUGGGUGGCGACCAAGGCUGCCUUAUCUGGGCCAGGCGGUCAUUCCAGGACCUUACCUUGUUGCUUAACUUUGCGACCGGCUUCCUGUUCUUCCCAUUUCCUAUUUCCGAGCUUUUCCCCAAUUCCACUGGUUCAAAUGCACACGAACUGGAGAUGGAGUCAGAACAGCAAAGUCGGCAGCUUGAGGCCAUGGCAGGCACGGCCUGGUUUUUCUUUGGAUACCGCACUGCAAGCAUCUCCGACACCGGCAACGUCUCCGAGCGGAGAACGUGGUCAUAA